AUGGAAGUUAAACUAGAAGUUUUAUUAUCGACAAGUAUCAGACAGAAAAAACCUUGGCCUCGAAUUUCCUGGCUCGGACAGGAAAAGGAAGCUAUUUUCCUUUUGGAUGAUAGGCAUGUAAGUGAAAUUAAUUUGCCAUCUGGAAAGACAAAGAAGAAGAUUCCUCGUCUACAGCUUUUGCUAAAAAAUGUUGUCAUCUUAACAACUUCCAGUAAUGAUGCUUGGCUAGCUGGAAUACUUAACACUGGUGAAAUUUUUCUUUGGAACAAAGAUCAUGACUGCUUGAAAACUAUAUCUGCAACUGAAGAAUCUAAGACACUGAUAACAGCAGCCUUAGAAAGUUCUCUGAGACUCUAUGUCUGUGUAUCAGGAGAUGGGAAAAGAAUUCUGCUUGCCCUACCUUCUGGAUUCAUCUUACUAUGGGAAUGUUUGGAGUCCAAGAAUAUUUUAUAUUGCAAAAAUUCCUCACUUUUGGGCCAGUGGUCACAAAUCAAACCUGAAGAAUCAGUUGUUUUGCCUUCUUCUGAAGAUAAAGAAGCUGUAGUGGAUGCUGUUUUUAUAAGAAAUGAGUUGCUUGGUGAUUGCUGCUUAUGUUCAUUUACUUUUUAUUCCGGGGGAUAUUUGAUGUUAACACUUUUGGCACUUCAGUGGUAUGAAAAUAUAUCUCAAUCUAUUAGUUUGUUGUCAUACCAAGUCCACUGGGCACAUCAAGAAUGUUUUCUAUGUACUCUGGUUCCUAAAUGUGAAUCAAUAAAAUCAAGAGGAGCCUUGAUUAUAGCAUUUUCAAGGGAUGGCCUUACCCUGGCAGUAACUCUUAAUCAAAAAGAUCCAAAGGCAACACAGAUACUAUUUAUAAACAUAUUGAAUUUUGUUACUCUCUGUGGUAGUCUUAAAGGUUGUAGUAAUAAGAAUCCUGUGGUUCCAUCCAAACUCAUUAGAUCAUACUGGGUGGGUGAUAUCAGCUGGACUCAUGAUAGCCUUUUUCUGGCCUGUGUAUUAAAACGUGGCUCCUUGGUUCUAUUGACCUGUUUGGGUGAAUUACUAACAUUGGUUACAUUUGGUUGUUCGAUAGAAUUUGGACCAGCAGAAUUUAUUCCUCUUCAUCCACUUAUAACAUAUAGACCACAGCAAUUUAUACCUCAAGAUUCAAGUUGUUCCCCUGAUUCAACAGCCUCUGAUAAUGACCUGAUGAGGCAGAGAUUUUCUGUAAAAACACACUCAAGAUUACCCUACCUGAUUGUCUCUGAUGGAUAUAUGGUUACGGUACUUCGUUUUUUUGAUAAUAUAUCCCCGUCGGUACUUACGAAAUCUUAUUUACUUGAAUCAACCCAAAGGCUUGAGAAAAUACAUCAAGGGCUGACAUGUCAGUCUAAAAGAAAGAAUCUGAGAUUAAGAUCGUUGGAGUCCCUCCGGGCUAGUCUGUUAAAGCAUCAGGGAAACCAAAGUUCAGUUGCCUCUGCCACCCCCAGAUUCUUGCAGGCAGAGGAAGAAAUAGGAGAGUUGACCGAGAAAAUGGCAGAUUUGCAGGAUCAUGAAAUAGAAGAAAGUAAUAAUAGUAAACAGUUUACCAACAAUUUUCUCCCUUUUUGGAGUCAGAAAAAUGAUUCUUUUUUUAAUGAAAUUGAAGAAGGAAGAUUGGAAUUUGCAUCUAUGUUUGAUACUAUUCAUGCAAAAGAUGAUACUAAAGAAAAUGAUGACAUCAUAACAGAGCUACAUUUUAUCCAGAAAAAUCUCCUUGCAGCCUGGAAUAUUGGAAUUUCAAAAAAUGUGGAAAACAAAAAAUUAAUGUUAAAUUACAUAGUCAUCUGUAUUACUCAUUUUCUCUACGUUCUUCAGUUUAUAAAAUGUCCGUCUCCUAAACAGAAUCUUUUUUCAAAUAAGACUCUCAGACAUAAUUCGUGGCUGCAGUGUGUCUUUCAACUUUUUCAUCAGUGUUUAUCUGUUCAGUACUGGGAUCUAAGAUACAGACAGGAUGUGGAACAUUUGGUAAAGCUGACAUCACAAACUCUGAAGUUGAUGUUCAUUCAACAGCAACAUGAUCAGUUAUUCUCAGAUACCCUUUUAGGUUGUUUCAACUUACUUAAGAUGGUCUCUGACAGUCUAAAUAGCAUAUAUGCUCUACAGCAUCAGGUGAUUUCAACAUCAGCUGAUGGAAAUAAGAUAGUAAAUCAUGAAUCAUUGGUGGUACCUAUUUUUCAAAAAUUUUCUAACAAUUGUAGUCAGAAAUCAUGGUCAUGGAAUUCUUUUUUAAAGAUACCUCCUCCAGCUAUAAAUCUUGUUCAAAAGCCAAGCCACAGGUUAUCCAUCCUUUGGCAGUUAUUGUACAAACAAACUUUGUGGUAUCAAGCUCAUCUAAGUAGGAUGGACCCUAAGGAAGAUAGACAAUUAACUGAAAAGAUAGCGCUUGAAGAAUCUAUUACCAGAUCCUUGUUAUGCCAUAUACAAGCUAAUCUACAGACGGCAGGAUAUUGCUUGAACCAAGCUUUGGAGCUUAAAUCUGUAAUUGGUGAGGAAUACUUUCUUUUGGGAUCAUAUGAAGAAUCUAUUCAGCUAUGGAAGAAAGCACUAGAAGAAACCAAAACAACAGUAGGAAAGAGGACAUACUUUCUUCAGACACGCUAUUAUCUUGCUCAAUUGUAUUGUCAUCUCUAUUGUUAUAAUUUAAACGAUGCUCAAGGAAUGUGUGAUCAGUUGGUAAGAGAAAUAUUGAGACAGUCUCAAAUGCCUAUCAAAGAAGAGGAAUAUUUUCCAGAGAAUUUUCACUGUACUUUUGGAAUAAUUGGAAAUGUUCAUCCUGAGGCUGCAGUUGUGGUUGUUAAGUGCAUGGCAAGAUUCAUGGCUGCCUAUUUCACCAACCAGCAGCUUUAUGUGCUCCCACCUCACAAUGUGGAUGUUCUUCCUCCACUUCAUAUAGAGUCAGAACAGUCUGUUCGAAUCAUUCCUCUGCAACACUCUAAGGUGGCAAGUGUUAUUAGAGAUCAAAAUCUCUCUUACGUGUGGACAGUUGAAUAUGCUCUUGAAUUGCUAUUUAUCACUGGGCUGGUCCCAGAGGCUGUGUGGCUGGCUCAAAGACUUGGUGAUUGGAAGAUGGCAGUUUCAAUUGGUUUAGCUUUCAAAUUAUGCUAUAAAAGUAACAGCAUUUUAUCAAGAUGUAAGAAAAAGGAUUUAAUUCUACCUUUAAACAUGACUCCAACACGAACUUUUCAGGAAAAAUUGCAGUGUUUUUUAGGUCAGCCAGCAUCUUUGGAAGUGUCUCAUGAGAUGGGUCCUAAAUAUAAACAGUUUACCGAUCCCAUUGAAGAAGAAGAUGUAGACCUACUUUUUAAUUCCAUACAAGAAGUAUUGAAAGCAGCAGUUAUGGCUGAUGCUGAUAUUCUCUCAGAGACAUUUCAGCUUUUGAUAGACUCAGCCAAAGACUUCAGUAAGAGGUUAUGGGGCCUGGUACCUGUGGGCUUGUAUCUUCCCUCUCCUCCAUUAUAUUGUCCUCAACCAGCUGUUCUUAGUGAGGACCAUGGUGAUGAUCUCCUGUUAAAAGUUGAGAAAGAUUAUCGCCAGAAAGUGUCUGGCAUUCUUCAGCGAAUUCUUCUGCUCUUCCGGGCAUCUUGUUGUUCCUUCCCUGCAGCUCAGUGGUACAUCUUAAAAUUGAGAUGGGCAAGAAAAGUCAUGCAAAAGAUUCGAAUUAAAGGCUUCCUUCCUUCAUUGAGUCCUUUUCCAGAGUCUUUGCUUCAUUAUUGUAAAGUUGGUAUGGCAUUCUAUCAACCUGGAGCCCCUCAAGACCAAAAGCUUGAUGAAGUUUCUUGUAAAACAAUAGGUUGCUUCAGAGAACUCUGUGCUCUGUGUUGGAUGCUUCAUGUCCGGGAAAAGUUGUCUUACAGUUGUAGACAAUAUCAGAUAGCAAGAGAAAAUGUGGAAAAGAAAAAGGAUAUGGAACUGGAGUUUGAUCCUUGUAUGGUAGAACACUGUCUCAGUGCACUGGAAUGGGCAUGUAGAAUGUUACCUUUCUCUAGGUUUAUGAAUAUUGAAGAACUUGUACAGGAUAUAAUUUUGAGUCUUAUAGGAGAACUUCCACCCACCAGAAAGGUUGCAGAAAUUUUGGUGAACGCCUUCCCCAAUUCUGAAGAUAUUCGAGUACCUUUAAGAGAUAAAUAUAAUUCUCUUCAACAGAGACUAAGACAUUGUACUGUGAAAGGUCCACAAACUGAGGAAAUGAUGUCUGUUAUUAUGCAUUCAAUUCACAAAGUAAGAGUGAAAGCUCUGAAAAGAGUAAGGAGGAAUAUAGGCCCUACUGAAAUGAAUAUCUGGGAACCACCUGAAGAAGAGACCACAGAUAAUAAAGUUCAUAAUUAUGAUGGGUUUUCACUUGAGACUAGUUUGAGCAGAAGCACUUUUACUGAAGGAGAAGAUUCUGUGGCUCAUAGUGAAUCUGAAACAGUGGAUACUUUCUCAAAAGCUUUGCCAUCUGAAAAAAAAAUAAAAAUACACCUAUUUUAUAGGAAUACCCAGCAUCAUGCAAAAUCUACAUUGAUUAAUAAACAUGACAAUAAGAAGGAAAAAUUCAAUUCAGAAGACUAUCCUGAAAGCAAAAGUGAUCAUGAAAAUUUACCUAGAGAAAAUCCAGUUCCUAUAGUAGGUGUUUGGGAAUUUGAACGUGAUGAUGAUGAAUAUAUUAAAUUCCUCGAUUUAUUCUUAAGUUAUGUACUUGAAAGAGACCUGAUUGGUUCAAAUAACUCUAGUAUUCCUUUUCUAAGUAGCUUUUCAGCUCAUCUUAAGGAACAUGAACUUAAUUCUUUGCUUUUUGAUGUUCACACAACAUUAAAACGUCGUCAGGGUAAACCCAAAAGCCAGAAUGUUUUCAGAGCUGGCUCCUGCUAUGUUAUUAUUUCUGAGUCUUGUGAAUCUGAAAAAUCAUCCACUUUGAAUAGUGAAAACAUCAGAGAAUUGGAAAAUCAAACAUCUACACCUUCAGUAUUAGUUGUUCAGGGACCUAGAUCUUUUAUACAGAACUCUUCGAAUGAAGUAAUUCAAAACAUGGGAAAGAGAGGCUUGUUUGGUUUAAAAGAAAAAUCAGUGUACAGAACCAGAGAUGACAACAGAGAGAUGCCCAUACUCCACAAAUUAUCAAAACAAGUUUUUCUUCCACAAAACUUUAAGACUACAAAAUUUACUUACAAAGCAGUUCAGUGGGAUGAUACCAUUCCUCAUGAAGAACUUCCUCCAGAAUUAAAGAAUAAAUUUGGCACUAUAGCAAAACUACUGGAAUGGAUGAUAAGAUGGUCUGAUAGAAGAUUGCUGUGUGAUUCCACCAAACCUGAGCCAUCCUGUCAGUAUAGCCCUGUCAUUCGUGUGAGAACCUCAGCAGCUGCCAUUCUCACAUCCCUAUGGCUUUUAGAACAGUCAUAUGCUGGACAACAAACAAGUCAUGUUAUCUGUAAGGUUCCAGAGAAUCAUUAUUUUGCUCCUUCUGUGUCCUUACCUGAAACUAAACCCAGUAUUGAGAAAGAAAGCAGUGUGGAUAUCAGCUGUCCAGCAUCAGUGUCUAUUCAAAAUGAAAUCCAGGAAGUCCAUAAUAGUGAUGGACCUCAUAACAACAUUUUGGAAAUAACAACUCAUUCAAAAGAUCCUGAAAUAAAAGAACUCAUUGAAGAGAGCAUUUCUGUUACUCACUGUACUGAUAAAGAAUUUACAGAUUUUGAUGAUGAUAUUUUAGAAGAAAUGGAAGCAUUCAUGCAGGAGGAAAUGAAAGCACCAGACUGUGGAGAGGAUUCUGGAGAAUCAUUUGGAAGUUUCAAAAACACUGAUAUUUCCAUCAGCCUUAUGCCAUUAGAAGGGCAAUCAGAAGUCAGGUUACAUCAGCAUUCCAGAGAAAAGGUUGAGUCUUCAUUGAAAGAAUCAGUGGAAGAAUUGGUGAAAAUAUCAUUUGAACAGAAAGGUAUGGUUGAGACUGUUGCUGACACUAAGCUCGUCAUUCCUCAGUCGUUCUGUUUAGAUUCAAAUGCAGAUACUCCUAGCAUACAAGUUUCUGCACCAAAAGACCAGUCUUCCUUAGUUCCAACUUUGGUUUCAGAUCCAACCAGUGUUUCCUCAAAUACUCCUAUUUCAAAACGUCACAAGCGUCAUAAAAAUGAGUCUCAUGAGCAACUGCCAAAUUCUUCAGAACCUGUUAGACAGAUGCUCCAAGAUGAAUUGUUUAGACUGGUUCAGUUGCAGCAGAUCAACUUCCUAAGUCUAAUGCAAAUAGUAGGAUCAUCAUUUGCCAGCCUUCCCAAUACCCAACUCACCCAGCAACACUUAGAGGGCAGUCAAAUUUCAGGUGCCACAGGAGGCAGUGGUGAUGUUGAGCACUCAGGCAGAAGUCGUAAGAAAGAUUUGCAACUUAGAUCCAAUGGAGAAAAUUCCAGACAGUUUGAAAAAAGAAGACCUCAUCAUGAAGGAAUUGUCCAUUCUGAUCAGAAUAAAGUCAGACAUAUUCAGGAUAUUCCAUCCUUUUGUGUUCCCCCAGGUCAUUUAGAUGGCCCAUCUCAAAAUGGAGGAGUAAGUCCAACAGGUCUGGCCUCAUCCACUCCAGGUUCUCCAACUUUUGCUGCAAAUAAUCACUUUCAUCUGUUGUCUACCACACCCACCGUUGACAAGAGCCCUAUACUUAUUCCAGCUGUAAAGACCUUAAAUCCUGCCAAUGGCUUUCCUUUGCUCAAGAUCCAAACCAAGCCUGAAUUCAAGCCUCUUCCUGUCCAUCCAGUAAGAACUCCACAAGUUCCAGUCAGACCCCCUCCAGAACCAAAAGAGGCCUGGGGGUUAUCCAGUUCUGGAAAAAAAUAUCUUCCAAAGGCUCAGAAUAUCACUUCAACAUCCCAUUUGAAUUUGAAUCAGUAUGAUGUGGAAACUGUGCAGAAAGCACUUGAACAGAAGAGAUGGGCAGAAAUAAUAUCCAGGGAAACCCCUAAGCAUCUCAACUUAGAUCAAUACGUUGACCAAGAAAACAUGACACCUCAACAGGACUCGGCAGCAAAAAGACAAGAAAAAGUAUUUGAUGUGAAAUCAGAGCCCUCUGAGAUACCCAAUCAGAAUUUCCUUGGUGUUCCUUUGCUACACCUACAAUUUAAUCCUACUAUGUUUUCAACAACCUUCAGAACAUCAUUUGCUACUCCUUCAAUCCCAAGUAGACCUAAAGAGAAAGAAAAAGACUCAAAAGAAUUCUUAUACCCAAGUAUAAAAUUACUUCAUACUUGCUUAUCCCCAGAACGCAAGUGCCAGAAACCAAAAUUCAUUCCAAUUGAAAAUCUCCUUGCUUUUAAUCAAAGCCAGCAGAAACAAUCAUUUAAUUUAUUUGAACAUGGGAAACCUAGAAAUAUCCACCUUUUAAAGGCCAAAGUAGAACCUAAAAUGGAUAAUAAAAAAAGAGAAAAAAGACGGGCUAAGAAAGACCUUGAAGAAAAGAGUUCAGAGAAACAGGAGAAAAAAUGUGUGACAUUCCAAUCUGAGGAUUCCAUUAUUAAUCACAAUGAUUUCAAAAAAGUUGUGAAACAAGAGGAUCAGCAAGAGCAACCCGUUCCUCAGCCUACUGAUUGUUUUGUAAUUCCUUUGGAAUCACUAGGAGAGGAUAUUUCUACUUCAGCUGGAUUACAUUUUAUGGCCUCUGUUAAAAAGAAGGUGGUAGAAAAUCAAGAUGCAAGUACAAACACAGACCCAGUACAAGAAUAUUUGAAUGUUCCUCAGAUGUUGGCCCCUGAUGUAUAUUUAAAUCUCAGAUUUCCUUGUGAAACAUCAAAUAUAUCUGUGCCACCAGAUCCUACAUCUAAUGUGGUUGGACACAAUUAUAUAAAUGUGAUAGACAUUGAAGCUAGUGAUCUUCUUCAGGAAUUGCCUGAUAGAGAAGAGAUUACAGAUGAUAUUGUUAACAAACAGGAAAGUGAUAACCUGGAAAUUCCAUCUUCUGCAAAUCUGCACUACAUGGCAGCUUCUGUUACCAAUGCAAUUCCUCCUGACCACUUUCUGAGUAAAGAUCUGCCCAAAGUACAAGUUCAGGUCCAAGAAUCUACUGUAAAAUCAGAUGGCUUAGAAGACUAUUUAACCUGGAAACAAUGCCAGGAUUUCAGCACUACACCUUAUACAGUACCAUCGAAAAAAAGUCUUGAUAUAGAGCACCUUAAUACUAAACUUCUGGAAAUAGAUGAAAAACUACUUGUCCUGCAGGAUAUUGCAGCUACUGUAGAGGAAGAUUUUAGCAAAACUAAGUUGGUAUGCCCACCCUGUGCCCUGGUGGAGACAGAAGACCUUUUGGAAUUGUCAUCUCCUCCAGAAGUGCUUAAAGUGACAACAUCCUCACAAACUUGUAGAAGUCCUAAAGAGGCCUACUCUUUUAACCAUCAAAUUGAUGAAGAAGUUGAAGUAGAGGAGGAGGAGGAGGAGGAAGAGGAAGAAGAAGAGGAAGAAGAAAAAGGAGAAAAUACUCCAAUACUUGAAUUUACUCAAACCAAGCAUACUCUGUGGAAAUCUUGUCCCUUUUCUUCUGUCAUUUCAUCUUUUAAUGUUUCCAGUGACAAGUUUACUUCUACUGGUACAGCUAGUAGUGAAGAUUCUGUUGGAAGUGUUUUAGCAGAUUUGCAGAUUUCUGGACUAACUGAUGUUGCUGACAUAAUUAAUGAUCUGAUCACUGAGAGUGGUGUAUCUAGUGAAGAGCUUGGUUUAACAGAGUUCCAGGCUAAGAAAAUCUCCAGGAUCCACAGCACCCCGAAGAGGAAAAAGUCACAAAGAACAGAGAAGGAGAAAAGAGAAAUAAGAGCCUGGAUGAAAAAAAAGAGAAAGGAGAGGAUGACUGAGUAUCUAGCACAGCUGGCUGUGAAGAGGGAGCAAGAACAUGAACCAUUUCAGUCUCCAAGGAAGCAGUUGUGUAUGACUUCAAAGGAAAUUAGGAUGUGUCAGAAGAUGAAGACUGAAAAAGACAGAUUACAGCUCUCUGAGCACUAUCAUCGUCGAGUGGCACAAGCAUAUAACCUAAUGAAUGAACUUUUGGUUGAAUCGACCCAGACAUCAGGAAUAUCUCCAACAAAGCCACCAUGUGGCCCAGCUAAGUCUACUUGCAUUUCCAGGAAGCAGCGUCAUCAUCCUCCAAGAGGAGUGGACCAUAAUAUUCACAUGUCAUCACCAAGCCGAAAUACAAGAGUUAGAUUUGCUCUCAAACCUACUUAUAUUCAUGGAAGAAGCCCUCCCAGCCAACAUCAACAUUCAUUUCCACGAAGCAGAAUGGCGACUGUUUCAAUAAAGAAAACAAACCAAGUUAACAAAAGGAUGGCACAAAAUGCAUUAAGCUCUUCAGACCUCUCCAGAGAAGACUUUGGUUAUCCACGUCCAAGAGUCAGCUUCAUAAAAGAUUCUAAAACUAGUUCAUCCACAACUAAUACAGAAGAAUAUGGCAGACAACCCAGUCUAACAAGUUCCUGGGCUCUGCCUGAAGAGGUCGACAAGAUUCUCAGUAGAAGUCCAGAUUCCUCCAUUGAGGACUUUUCACCACCUGAAGAUGAAGGGUUUCCCAUAAGCAUCAAUGGCCUGGAUAGUGGAUCUGAGAGCACUGGCAGCAUCCUUAGCAAGAUUGACUGGCGUGCUGUUGAUGACAUGGUGGCCUCUGUAGAAAACAGGUGAAACAAGGAGUGUGCUUGGGGCAGGGUAUGCCCAGGCUGAAGUGGGCAACAUGAUGGACUAUAAAUAAUAACAUCUCAGGGAAAAGACCUGAGACAGAUUAGGGUGAUUGUGAUGAAUAUAUUAACUAACAUCAGGGAAAAUUCAGUAGCAUGAUUAAGCAAGGAAAGAGGAUAUUGUGUCAGCCUCUGCAUUGUACAAGGAUGGCCACACAUUAUUAGUAAAUUAAUCAUAUCAUGUGAAUAAAACAUUUUCCUUAAAUCAUAUAUUUUUUAAUUGUUUUUUACCUUUAGGAAAACAUUAGAAAUGUUUUCAUGCUGUU